AUGGAGACGUCCGUCAUGUUAGACCUGCAGGCUUUUUCCUGCGCCAUCUGCCUGGACCUGCUGCAGAACCCAGUGACCCUUCCCUGUGGACACAGCUACUGUCUGCACUGUGUGCAGGGCCACUGGGCCCGACAGGGGCAGGAGCAGAGACAGGAUGUCAGCUGCCCUCAGUGCAGACAGAGAUUCUCUCCGCGCCCGGCUCUGGUCAAGAACAUCAUGCUGCAGUCUUUAGUGGAGGGGCUACAGAGGGCACCGCAGGAGGCCGCUGGUUCUAUUCCGGAGGUGUGUUGUGACAUAUGCCCUAGGGGGCAGCAGAGAGCAGUGCGCUCCUGUCUGCAGUGUGUAGUCUCUUACUGUGAGAGCCACCUCCGGCCUCAUUAUGACGCUGAAGCUCUGCAGGAUCACCAGCUGGUGGCGCCGGGCAGCCUGAGGGACAGUGUGUGCACGCUGCACAAGAGAGUGAAGGAGCUGUUCUGUAGCUCAGACCAGACUCUGCUGUGCACGCUCUGCUCCAUUGCAACACACCAAGAGAGAGAGGCCACGCUCCAGCAGAUCCAGAGCACAGAGUCUGAGCUGGAGCUGCUCAGCCAGGAGGCCCUGACCAUCCAACGCUCUGCCCAGGACGCAGUGCAGCGCAGCGGGGACAGCCUCGGUCAGGUCACCCUCCUCCUGGAGCAGACACGCACCGAAGUGGAGCAGCAGAUCAGGGCCCAGCAGCGGACACUAGAGGGCGCUGUGGCAGAACGUCAGGAGGAGCUACAGCGAGAGCUCACAGAGCUGAGGAGGAGCCUGGUGAAGAUGGACUCUGUGGCUCUCUCUCCGGAUCAUUAUCAGUUCCUCAGACUCUAUCCAGGACUGAAGCACUGUGAGGUCCAGCGCUCUGCAUGGACUUGGACCAGUCCCGAAUCCCACUUUAAGGAUCUAACAGACUCUGUGACUGCGCUCUCCAAAAGACUACAGCGGGUUCUGGACCUGGGUGAGGACCCAAAACCCUCUGUCUCCAGAUCCCAAAGUAAAGUCCAGAGCCUCCUGCAGCAUGUCCAGCUCAGCAGCAGAGAGGACUUCCUCAAAUACUCCACAGAGAUCCUCCUAGACCCGAACACAGCCCACACAGAGCUGGCCCUGUCCGACGGAGAGCGCAGAGUGACUUAUCAGGGCAUCAGCUUCAUUUACCCAGAACACUCUGAUCGUUUCAGUGACUGGAGGCAGGUGCUGAGCCGACAGGCGCUGACAGGGCGCUGCUAUGUGGAGGUGGAGUGGAGCUCAAAGGAACAGCUCAGCGUGUCUCUGUCCUACAGCCAGAUCCAGAGGAAAGGACGAAGCAUCAAAAACCUGUUCGGACACAACGAUCAUUCUUGGGCCUUAUACUGUGACCAGAACAAGUACUCCUACUGGUUUAAUGGAGAAGAAACCAAGGUGUGUGGACCGGUCACGAGGAGAAUCGGGGUUUACCUGGACCACGGCGCAGGGGCUGUGACGUUUUACAGUGUGAAGGACCAAUCCAUGAACCUGCUCCACAGAGUCCAGACCAGCUUCUCCCAGCCUCUGCUCCUUGGGUUUGGUCUCUUUGGGGUGUUCACAGGAGCCACUGCAGCCCUGCCGACACUCGGAGGAGAACUCAGAGCCUAG